ACUCACGUGGCUGACUUAGCAACAACAACCGCGUAGUUCCUGCGGUAGUGGGGAGCAGUGGAGCCGUUCAGGGUGUUUUACCUGAAAGACUCGGGAUGUUCCGUGUUUUGUGGCUGGUUGCCGUGUUGGACGCGGUGGUCCCGCUGGACGCCGGCAUGCUCUUCCCCCGGGAGUCCUCCUCCAGGGAGCUGAAGGAGCUGAACGGGCUGUGGCAGUUCAGGGCUGACAGGUCCGCUAACAGGAACCAGGGCUUCGAGAGAGCCUGGUACAAAAGUCGGCUGGCUGAGACUGGUCCAGUGAUUGACAUGCCAGUUCCUGCCAGCUUCAACGACAUCACACAGGACCCCUCACUGAGAGACUUCAUCGGCUGGGUGUGGUAUGAGCGAGAGGCGGUGGUGCCUUCCCGCUGGAUCACAGACCAGGGAACCAGAGUAGUCCUCAGAGUGGGAAGUGCUCACUAUAAUUCAGUAGUGUGGGUGAAUGGGCAGAAGGUGAUGGAGCAUACAGGUGGCCAUCUUCCUUUUGAGGCAGAGAUAGGCAGUUUAAUCCGCAAGGACCCGACGAUGACAUGCCGGAUCACCAUCGCUGUCAACAACACACUGACUCUGGAGACGCUUCCUCCAGGAACCAUCCAGCACAUGAGCGACCGCUCCAAGUAUCCUGAUGGGUUUUUUGUGCAGAACAUCUACUUUGACUUCUUCAACUACGCUGGGAUACAUCGUUCUGUUCUUCUGUACACUACUCCUAAGGCAUAUGUGGAUGACAUCACAGUGGUGACUGACUUCCUGGAUAACACUGGUCUUGUCAGAUACAACAUAUCAGUCCAAGGUGCUGCCGCAGCCACCAUGAAGGUUACUUUGAUGGACAAAGACGGUCACUGUGUGGCCUCCUCCAACGAGGCGUCUGGAGUGCUCAAGGUGGUCGAUGUCAAGCUGUGGUGGCCGUACUUGAUGCACGAGAAUCCAGGUUAUCUUUACUCUAUGGAGGUUCGCCUAAUGGCAGGCGAUGAGAGAGCAACAUAUGAGGAUGUGUAUGCUCUACCAGUGGGCAUCCGCACAGUCAAAGUCACCAACACCCAGUUCCUCAUCAACAACGAGCCCUUCUAUUUCCACGGAGUCAAUAAGCACGAGGACUCUGAUAUUCGAGGUAAAGGCUUUGACUGGCCUCUAAUCGUGAAGGACUUUAACUUGAUAAAGUGGUUGGGGGCCAACUCUUUCCGUACCAGCCACUACCCCUACGCUGAGGAGAUUCUGCAGAUGUGCGACCGCCAUGGCAUCGUGGUGAUAGAUGAGUGUCCGGGGGUGGGCAUCAAAGACAUUCGCAGUUUUGGAAACGCCUCUUUGGCCCACCACCUGGAUGUCAUGGACGAGCUGGUACGUCGGGACAAGAACCAUCCUUCUGUGGUCAUGUGGUCUGUAGCCAACGAGCCCGCUGCAGAGAUGAAACCUGCUGAAUUUUAUUUCAUGACUUUGAUAAAGCAUACCAAAGCUCUGGACCCGACCCGGCCCGUCACCUAUAUCACAGACAGUAACUAUGCCCGGGACAAAGGGGCUCCCUAUGUGGAUGUGGUGUGUGUAAACAGCUACUUCUCCUGGUACCAUGAUCCAGGUCACUUGGAGGUCAUCCCUAUUCAGCUCAACGCUCAGUUUGAGAACUGGUAUGGAAAGUACCAGAAACCCAUCAUCCAGAGCGAAUAUGGAGCGGAUGCGGUGUCGGGGCUUCACAGUGAUCCACCCAUGAUGUUUACUGAGGAGUACCAGAACGCAGUCCUUCAGAGCUACCACGACGUAUUCGACCAGAAGAGGAAGCAGUAUGUCAUUGGAGAACUUAUCUGGAACUUUGCCGACUUCAUGACUGCACAAGGGAUCACUCGUGUGGUGGGGAACAAGAAGGGUAUUUUCACCAGGCAAAGACAGCCCAAAGCAGGAGCAUUCAUCCUGAAGAAGAGGUACUGGAGGCUGGCGAAUGAAACGGGCAGACUUCCUCCUUGGACCAAGUACCCUGUUCACUCUGACAUGUUGUUGAGGUGUCCAGAACGUCAGAGGCUUGAUCCCAUGUAAGAACUACGCCUUCUGGAAAAGUGCUGGCCCUGAAACAUUUCAGUGUGUACACACAAGGUCAGGCCGUCUUGAAUUACAAACAGCUACGCUAUUCCUUCAGUGUGAAUCUAAAGAACAACUUGCAGGUCAGAAACCCCCUUUUUAUUUUAUAUGUAGAAAAAUGAAAAAAAUAUCUCAGUAUGUCCACUACAGAGAAGUUUUAGUUUUUUAUGCCAGUCUCAAAAACAGAACUUGGUCAUGAUGUCACAAGAGGGAGCAUGGCCAAGCUAGCUCAGGUUUAAUAAUAAGAAAUAUGGUUCCUAGAAGUAGUUUUGACAUUCAGGAGGUCAUAAAUGUUUAUUCAGAAAUAUGAAAACAAUUAGUCCUGGAAUCAUGAACCUGCCAGAUGUCAGGAGAUCAGGUGGAUUGUGGUGUGAGGACAGAGCAGCUCAGGUGUCUUGCUGAGUGAGUGACGUUUGAUAACUGAGCUAACGUUGUGUUGCACCUCCGUAAAGUUUGCCGUCAUCUAACCGGGUAGAACAGAACUAGUGUUGGCUGCACUGAUCAGCUGGUCGUAUCAGGCCUGUCUAACACAAACCGACAGUUUUAUGCUGCCUCAUGGUGAGAGAGAGCUGACAAACAGCACCACAAGCUGCGUGAACUGAAGGAACCGACCAGCUAUCAGUUCACAUGUCCAAACUUAGACAUCCCGUGCUGAACUUCAUCGUAUAUCUGGAAACAUAAUCUCCUGUCUGAAGUGAACGCUGCACGUGUCUGUGUUUUACAUUUCAGUCACAGCACCAGUGAACUCUUGUCUCUUCAUGUGCUCAAAGCUGGCCCCAGCAGGAGAGCAGCUUCGUUAAAAAAGUACAAAAAGUGUGGACUUGACAUCCUGACCAGCUGUAGUUUGGGGAACGCGCACAAAUACGAUAAUUCACCAUGAUGAGAAACUGUGAAAUGCAACACAAAGGGAAACUUUCUAAAUUAGAGCCGCUUAGACUCACGACGACUCCCUCCUGUGACGAAAAGAGAUUCUAAGAGCCCUGUUUAAAAUCCUGCAUCUGGAUUUCUGCCUUUCUAUCUUAAAAACAUGAAAUCGUACAUUAACUUUUCAAAUGACCAGAACAAGAAAUAUUGAAAACGUAACCUGCAAGUUGUUCUUGGAGAACUUCAACAACUAACACUAUAAUCAUUUUUCCAGUCUGGAGCUUUCUGCAAACACAUGUAAGACAUUUUUAAUGUACGUUAAAAAUUAGCCUCUAGUGCCUCAACAAAGGUGAAGAGUUGUGACGUGGUGUCCUAGAGCCUGACCAAUACGAGUAGGCAGAUAUUAUAACGCUACCAUAGCUGAUAUAUAUACAAAAGACAGAUUGAUACCAGAUUUUUUUUUCCCCCAUGAAAUCUGUAAUGAAAUUGGCCCCAGUAUCAGUCAGGCUCUACUGAGGACACACUCUGCUUCACAAUGACAUUUUUUUUAAGUUGAAUUUUAUAAAUUGUAUAGAAUUUUGUCUUAGAUGAGUUUGUUUCAGGUUUCACACAAAAUAAAAACUGAUCCACGUAUAUGUCCACACAGUAACACUGACUGGACCAACUGACAAACAUUUGGCUCAUCAUUUGUGGUUUAUUGAUAAUAUUGUAGAGCGAGCAAAGGGAAGAGCUGGACAGUAAGUGUGGUUGCUUUUUGUGUUGUUAUGUUACUAAUUUUGUCUGAAAAAUGUCUUCAAGGAGGCACAGAUUCCUGCUGGAGCUACUGCUGUAGUUUGGUCAGCCAUACUUGUAGUUUUCAUUUAUCCAGAAUUUAAAGCAAAUGAGUCCAAAGGUGCAGAUAAAUGCACACGUUUCACUGAAGUGUGACUAUUAGUUCAAUGGAAGCUACAGUCAGUGUCCAUGUUUGUGAGACCAGAGCCUGAGUGAAGACUGACAAGUUCUAACAGGACAUUCUGAUAGAAACAAGUCAAGUGGAGCUUUCUGCUGUUGUCAUUAAUGAGGGCAGGUCAGAACCAACUACAUCCAUCAGUGUGAAGCUCUGCCCUUUGCUCCAGUGUGAUAUGAAUCCAGCUGAUAGAAGGGAGUGACCACGCUGUCCCCUCUCAUUUAUGUGUCUCAGGAGAGAAUUUAUAAACUAAACAGAGUUCGAUGUUGGACGUUUACAAAAAAUGUAAUCUGUCAUUUCUGUGCGUUGCGCGACCAAUCAGAAUGUAUGUUUUUAUGAAGGCGGGGAUGUGAUUUAUUGUAAUGCUGAAUCAAACCAGAAAGGUUUUAUUUUUUUAAAAGAGAAAAUCAACAGAUAUUCUAUUGCAUUUGAAAUGUUAUUUCCAUCAAGGUAUUAAAGACAAUAUGCAAACUGUA